UCUAACAUAAGUGAAUCUGCUGAGGCAGUAAGAUCAGUCUGCGCCUCUUUAGAGGAGCCGCUGUGUCUUGUGACGCUCAUGAGGUAAUUCCUGCAUGCAGACUCUUGAACAAACCAUCAGGAUUUCACUGUCAAUAACAUCCUGACUCCAUGAAGCCUGCAUGCGAUGCUGAGGUGCACAGUGUUCCCGUGCAGUGGAAACUUCCACACGCAGCGGGUCCCGUGCAGACGGAGCGAGUCGAGCGCCGAUCAGCUUCUCAAUGUUUACCUGCAGUCUGACAUGCAGUGCGCUUCAGCACACCUCCCAGAUUUUACAGUGUGUGACUUGUUCGAGGUACGUUUUCAUUUCCAACCCGUGCUGGUGGAAAUCUUCAGCGUACAGCUAACUGCUGUUCACUGAGUGGAGCUCUGGCAUCUUCCAGAAAGCUGACCCACCUCUUGUAGCCGAGGCAGACGCAGACAGACGAAUGUUUAGAGCCGGCUCCAUCAUGCUGCUCCGCGCUCUGCUGCAGACCUCACUGGUUCUCUGGCUCGCUCAGCAAACUCUGCAGGGAGGAGUUAAUCCUCAAAAUGUCGCCUUUGGGAGAGCGCUGCCAGUUCGAGGUGUUGGUAUUGGAGUAAAACCUGGAGUUACUGGAGCCCUGGGAGCAGUAGGAAACCGAUAUGGCACAAAAGCAAUGAAGACUGGGAUUGGACGUUAUCCUGCGGCUCAUCUUGGUGUUGGAGGAUACAGAUCUCUUGGACUGGGAGGAAGAGGAGGCCUGAAGCCCGGUGGAUAUGGAACCCCAGCGGGAUACGGCGCCAGUCUGGGAACAGGAAUGGGACUGAAUGCUGGGCUUACAAACGGACUGGGACUGGGACUGGGCCAGGCAGGAAAACGUGUCUAUGGUGCAGGCCCCGGCCAACUUCCAGGAUAUGGAGCUUUCCCUGGGAUGGGGUACCAAGGCGUACGACCAGGUGUUUCUGCGGCAGAUUUGGGUGGACCUGAAGGGGCGAGUCUGGCACAAGCAGCUCAGGAUCUUAAAAGAGAAAAGAGCAGAGUUGUAGAUGAAAUGCUUGGAGAGCGAGAACAAUCGCUGAGGAGAAGCAACGUAUUCGGUCCGACUGUUCCCAGAAUUCAGGCAAGAAUCGAAGUCAAACGAUUCAAUCCGAGCAUGCCGUCGUCAAAUCUCAGACCUUCAUUUCCUCUUGAUAAACAGAAUAAACUUCUUGGUGGAAAAUAUGAACUUGGAGGUCCUGAGGCCAUGCUGGGAGGCGCUGGUAUAAAUAGACAACUUCCUGUUGAUCAAGACAUCAAAAGUCUGGAUUCCUACAAUUCUGGACUUCACAAUCCCAGGGAAACGGCAAAUCAAGAGGCUAAAAACUGUGGAGCUCCUGCUGGUUUGCCAGAAAUGUUGGGCAUUAAUCCCUCAGAGGUUAAAGCUGGGAAACGCUUCGGGUGUAAAAAUCUUCCUGCACAAGGUCAAGAUGGCAGAAGCGAUGUUCUCUUCCCCGUGCAACGUCAAGCAGGCAUCAAUCCUUUAACUGCACCAGACAGCAGUCAGGACCUCCAGAGACGUCGAGACAAAAUCCGGGUCAGAGACGGAUCCCAGCACUACGAUCCGAUCAGGACCCAAAGUUUGGGCGUCACCUUAACCAGAGAGGAGCAGGACGUUGGCGGUUUUACUCAAGAAGAUGCCAGACUCCUUCCUGUAGCUGGACAUGUAAACAGAAAGUCAAAACCUCUGACUGAGAGGAAUACGCAGGCGGCAAGUUACGUCGGAGGAGCAGGAAACUAUCUGGGCGCUGCAGGUUACGGAGCAGGUUUAGGACAGGGCGCUUAUCUGGGAGGUGCUGCUGGAAAACUUAGUGCUGCUGCUGCGCUUGGACAGGGCGCGUAUCCACAAGGCGUUGCAGGGAAAUCAAACGGAUACGGUGAUGGAGUGACGGGAUAUCUUGGUGCCAUGGCGGGUAACGGCUUCGGUUAUGGAAACGGAUACGGUGAUGGUUACGGAGCAGGGCUUGGUUACCCUGCAGACUUAGCUGAUGGUGCUGAGAGCAAAUCAGGAAAGAUUGAAGCUCUCAGUACAGGUGGCUACGCCGGACCGGGCCAGGGCGGAUAUGGAGGACUUGGUACGGGGCUGGAAUCAGUUGGAGGUAAAUAUGGAGGAGCAGCUCAGGUUCCUUAUGGUAACGCUCCGGUGAUCCCUGCUGGACUGGAGGGCGACGGCGGAUACCCGUAUGCAGCUCAGCAGCUCGGCCUUGCAGCUGAAAGCGCCAAAACCGCCAGCAAAUACGGUGCUGCUGCAGGAUUUGGGACCCAACAAACAGGUUUCGGCGCAGCGCUCGGCGCCUCUCAGGAUGCUCUGAUGGAGCAGACUGGUAAAUAUGAUGGACUGAAUGCUGGCCUUGGUAACGGUUACAAAGGUUAAGAAAAUGCGGACCUCUGUAGGUGGAUCAUCUCUAUAAUAUUUCCAAUGUAAUGCAUUAAUGCAGAAUUUUAUUCCUUCUGUUUGACUUUUGUUGUAUGUUUCUCCAUUUAUUUGUCUUGACCUUGCAAAGCCUGCUGUAUCUUGUGUUCUGUUUUAUUUCGUCAAAGUUUGUCAGAUGAUGAACAUAAAUAGAUGCAAAGAGCAAGAAAUGUGUUUAUGUUUUGUAAAUCAAGAUUAGCCUGAUGAUCUUAUUGUUUCAGUCGAAUAAAUCAUUAUGUAAUGUGAUGUGGAAUAAAAAAGAAACUUUCUGA